AUGGCCGCCUCAGACAUCCACUUUAAGCUUAACACUGGCGCUGAGAUCCCAGCUUUGGGUCUUGGAACAUGGCAAGCUCCCCCUGGAGAUACUGCUCGUGCUGUAUUCCACGCCAUUAAGUCUGGUUACCGUCACAUUGACGCUGCUUUCAACUACGGAAACGAGGACGAGGUGGGCGAUGGUAUUAAGCAGGCUAUCGAUGCUGGCCUUGUCAAGCGCGAGGAGCUGUUCGUUACUACUAAGUUGUGGUGCUCAUAUCACGCUAAGGUCGACGAGGGUCUUGCUCUGAGUCUGGAGAGAUUAGGUCUGGAAUAUGUGGAUCUGUACCUGAUGCACUGGCCAUUGGCCAUGAACCCCAAUGGAAACCACCCAGUCUUCCCCAAGCUGCCAGAUGGAUCCCGUGAUAUUAUCCACAGUCACUCCCACAUUACAACCUGGAAGACAAUGGAGAAGCUCCCAGCUACCGGCAAGGUACGAGCUAUCGGUGUCUCCAACUACAGUGUCAAGUACCUUGAGCAGCUUCUGCCCGAAGCCACCAUCACCCCCGCUGCCAACCAGAUCGAGAACCACCCAUCUCUGCCACAGCAGGAGAUUGUCGACUUCUGCAACCAGAAGGGCAUUCAUAUCACUGCAUUCAGUCCCCUGGGUAGCACUGGUAGCCCACUGUUCACUGCAGAGCCUAUCGUGGCUGUUGCAAAGAAGCGUGGUGUCACACCUGCCGCUGUUUUGCUAAGCUGGCACAUUGCCCGUGGCUCCUCUGUUCUCGCCAAAUCCGUUACACCCGCUCGCAUCGAGGCCAACCGAACCGAUCUCAUCAAGCUGGAUGCGGACGAUGUUGCUAUUAUCCGCAAGUACUCGGACUCUUUGGCUGCUACCAACUCUUUCCAGCGUUAUGUCUACCCUCCUUUUGGUGUGAACUUUGGUUUCCCCGAUAAGCAGUGA